AUGGAGGCCGGUUGCACAGAAGUCUGGGAGGAGGAAAGGAGGAAGAAGAACAACAACGACGCCGUAAGGUCUGCUUUGGACGCGGGCUCAUUUGAAGAAUUCCUGAAGAACCAACAAGGGAAAGAAAAAGGAACAAACAGCUCUGCGAUGAUAAACUCCAGCUCGUUCUGGGGUGGGAACAGACGAGAGCCAGAUGGAAGCAGAGAGAGGCCUUUUUCCUCUGUGGUCUCGUUUCUUUUUGUCUGCUGGGCGGCCGGGAUGACGAGGGAGGAAGCUGGCGUGGAGGCUGAAGACGAGACAGGCGGAUGCCAGACGGGGAUUUGA